AUGUCCCGAUCUAGGAGUAGAAGCCAAUCUAGCACCGAGUCGAUGGAGGAUACAGUUUCUUCUCGCACAACUCGACGACAUUCUUCGUCUGUGGAACAACCAACCGCUAUGGUCAUGAAAGUAGUUGAUGCCAUCACGCAGGACAGGGAAAUGAAGGGAUCAUCUCUUCAGUCAAUCCGCAAACAAAUUGCAGCCAAUUGUAAGGCUAUGCCUGUCAAUCUGCUGAAUGGACAAAUCAAGAAGGCGAUUAACAUGGGACUCAGCAGAGGAUUUCUAGUUCGUCCAAAAGGCUCGAAGGCCAAGGGUACCGUUGGACGCUUCCGCCUUGGGAAGAUCCCUGAUCUGGUGGUAUCUCGUCAUCCUCGACAUAGCAGGUCUCGCAGCCUUAGCGGAAGUCGACGUCGGAAGACAGGCGGUGACGAUGAUGGCAAGGGCAAGAGCAAGGGUGGAUCCCAUAAGAAACGUAAACGUAGUAAGAGCAGCAAAAAAGGAAAGUCGCGAACCAAGAGCCGAGGUAACAGCAUGACCCGAACAGUCAAAAAGCAAAAAACGGAAGGCAAGAAAUCAAAGUCGCGCAGACGAAAGAAAGGCAAAAAAGGAAAAGGCAAAAAGUAG